AUGACGAUGACGCGUACACACCCGGCCUGGAACGCGUUCACCAUUGACGAAAAGAAGAAAUAUCCCGACGUCACGUGCAAGCACUGGGAUUUUGCAGUUUUACCAUUUCGCGCCAUCGCGGUUCCUCAGCUUCGCAAAAGCACUUUGAGUUCUGCAGCCAGCGAUGGAAAAUAUUUGCCGACUCGUAAGGCGUUGUCGGGCCGAUUACUAACGGCUGAGUACAAGCGCGAGAUGGAGGCCGUAAGCUCACGACUGCGCGAUGAACCAACAGUAGCACUCGUUUCGGACGGAUGGACAAGUGUCGGCAAAGACAAGGUCGUGAACUACAUUGUUGUUUCCCCCUUGAUGCGUCCAUUGUUGUGGUGUACGAAGACAUGUGGCGACGACGAGCAAACGUCAGAGUACGUGGCCGAACAAAUCGGCGAAGUGAUCGACAAAAUGAACGCAGCUAUGGGCAAGCAAGUGGUUUUGUCGGUAACGACAGACAACGCCCCCGUCAUGCAUGCCGCAUGGGGAAUCCUUGAGAAUAAGCGACGAAUUUGCUGCAACGGAUGCAGCAGUCAUGCCCUCAAUCUCGUUAUGGAGGAAGUGCUAAACUUUCCAUGGAUGAACGAAGCUCGCAGCAAUGCUGUCACGCUGGCCAAAUGGUACUCGGGUUAUGAGUGUAUGAAAAGUGUGUACGACAAUCGCCGGCUCAUCGACAAGGUUUUCAACCAAAAGAAGUUCAUGAGACGGUUUAGCAAGAGGAACCCAGUUCGGUUUCGCGAAGCUUGUCGGAUAGCACAGACCAGCACGUUCUGGAAACGCCUGAAGCAGAUGAUGACAUUGUCAAAGCCUAUUAUUGAUGCUAUUGCAACACUGGAGCGCGAUCACUGCUGUAUCUCGAUGACCAAGAUUUUGGAAGCGAUCCAAGCCAAGUGGGACUUCGUCCACACGGAGACAAUGGGCAUAUAUUUUCUUUUGGAUCAUACCAAGAAAGUAUCAGAUUUUGUGGACGCCGAUUUAGCUGACAGCAUUGAAACGUUAAAGACAUUAGCUGUGCGGUUGGGUAUCAUCUCGACGGAGGCUGAAAAAAAAAUCGCCUCGGUGCCGAAGUCAACGCUUUCCAGGCGAGGAAGCUCCGCGGCCACUUACCCGUUGUUAGCCCCGCUUGCUUGUCGACUUUACACGAUCCCAACCUCUUCAGCUGCCAGCAAAAGAUCAUGGAGUAUUCAUGACUUUAUUCAUACCAAGAGGAGGAACCGGUUGAGCGAAGUAAGGGUCAAGAAGCUCGUGUUUGUUUAUGCGAACGAAGGCGACAAGGACGCCACGAUUAGUAUCCUCUACAAAGCGUUGGACGAAAGCGGGGGUGGGGAUGACGACGAAGACGAUGGUCUGGAGGAGAAUUUCGAGCCGGAAAGCAGCGAUGAAUGCAUGGAGAGUAGCGGAGAUCGAAGUGAGGGCAGCGACUUCAACGCGUUCUCGUUCGAGGGCAGUGAAGAGCAAAAACAGAAUUUGUAG